AUGACUGAGCUGAAGGCGAAGGGUCCCCGUGCUGCCCACGUGGCAGGCACAGCGCCCUCGCCCACCCAAGUCGGAGCCCCUCUGCGGGAACGCCCAGACGCGGGCUCCUUCCAGGCGGGCGAGGCCUCGGGCCCGACCCCCACAGCCUCGGGCCUCCCCCUCUCCCUGGACGGGCUGAUCUUCCCUCAGCCCUGCCAGGCUCAGGACCUGGACGGGAAGACGCUGGACCCAGAGUCGCUGGCAGACGUGGAGGGGGCGUAUUCCAGAGGGGAAGCCGCAGAGGGCGCUGCUGUGAGACCCCCAGAGAAGGACGGCGGAUUGCUGGACAGCGUCCUGGACACCCUGCUGGCGCCCCCAGUCCCUGAGCGGAGCCCCGCCAGCCCCGCCGUCUGCGAGGCCCCCAGCCCUUGGUGCCUCUUUGGCCCUGAGCUUGUCCAAGACUCCCGGGCUGCGCCCGCCGCCCAGGGGGUCCUGCCUACACUCAUGAGCCGCCCGGAGAGCAAGGCUGGCGACACCCCCGGGGUGGCCGCCGGCCAGAAGGUGCUGCCCCGGGGCCUGGCGCCGUGCCGGCAGCUGCUGGCCCCGACGGCCUCGAGCCACCCCUGGCCCGCGCCCGCGCCGAGGCCGUCUCCGCAGCCCGCGGUGGUGGAGCUGGAGGAGGACGACUCGGAUCCCGAGGGCUCCUCGGGGCCGCCCCUGAAGGGCAAAGCCCGGCCCGCGGGAGGAGACGCGAUCAGCGCUCCUGGGACCGCCGCGGGAGGCGUCGCCCCGGUGCCCAAAGAAGAUGCCCGCUUCUCGGCGCCCAGGGCCGCCCCGACGGAGCAUGACGCGCCCGCCGCGCCCGGGCGCGCCCCGGUGGCCACCGCGGUGAUGGACUUCAUCCACGUGCCCAUCCUGCCGCUCAACUCGGCCUUCCUGGCCGCCCGCACCCGGCAGCUGCUGGAGGGCGACAGCUAUGACAGCGGGCCCGCCGGCGCCUUCGCCCCGCCGCGGGGCUCGCCCUCCGCCUCGGCCGCCCCGGGCGCGCCUGGCGACUUCCCCGACUGCGCCUACCAGCCCGAAGCCGAGCCCAGGGACGACGCGUUCUCGCUCUACGGGGACCCGCAGCCGCCCGCCCUGAAGAUCAAGGAGGAGGAGGAGGGGGGCGCCGAGGCCGCCGCGCGCUCCCCGCGGCCGUACCUGCUGGCGGGGGCCAGCCCCGCCGUCUUCGCCGACUUCCCGCUGGCGCCGCCGUCCAGGCCGGGGGAGGUGGCGGUGCCCGCGGCCGCCACGGGGGCCCCAGGCUCGUCCGCGGCCGCGUCGGGGUCCGCCCUGGAGUGCGUCCUGUACAAGGCGGAGGGCGCGCCUCCCCAGCCGGGCCCGUUCGCGCCGCUGCCCUGCAAGGCUCCGGCCGCGGGCGCCUGCUUCCUGCCGCGGGACCUGCCGUCCACCUCGUCCGCUGCCGCCGCCGGGGCCACCCCUGCACUCUACCCGCCGCUCGGCCUCAACGGGCUCCCCCAGCUCGGCUACCAGGCCGCGGUGCUCAAGGAGGGCCUGCCGCAGGUCUACCAGCCCUAUCUCAACUACCUGAGGCCCGAUUCAGAAGCCAGCCAGAGCCCACAGUACAGCUUUGAGUCAUUACCUCAGAAGAUUUGUUUAAUCUGUGGGGAUGAAGCAUCAGGCUGUCAUUAUGGUGUCCUCACCUGUGGAAGCUGUAAGGUCUUCUUUAAAAGGGCAAUGGAAGGACAGCAUAACUACUUAUGUGCUGGAAGAAACGAUUGCAUUGUUGAUAAAAUCCGCAGAAAAAACUGCCCAGCAUGUCGCCUUAGAAAGUGCUGUCAGGCUGGCAUGGUUCUUGGAGGCCGGAAGUUUAAAAAGUUCAAUAAGGUUAGAGUUAUGAGGACACUAGAUGCUGUUGCCCUCCCACAGCCAGUGGGUAUUCCAAAUGAAAGCCAAGCCCUAAGCCAGAGAAUCACUUUUUCACCAAGUCAAGACUUGCAGUUGAUCCCCCCACUGAUCAACUUGCUCAUGAGCAUUGAACCAGAUGUGGUCUAUGCAGGACAUGACAACACCAAACCUGAUACCUCCAGCUCUCUGCUGACAAGUCUGAAUCAGCUUGGCGAGAGACAGCUUCUUUCAGUGGUCAAGUGGUCUAAGUCACUGCCAGGUUUUCGGAACUUACAUAUUGAUGACCAGAUAACUCUCAUCCAGUAUUCUUGGAUGAGUUUAAUGGUAUUUGGACUAGGAUGGAGAUCUUAUAAGCAUGUCAGUGGACAGAUGUUAUAUUUUGCACCUGAUUUAAUACUGAAUGAACAGCGGAUGAAGGAGUCAUCAUUCUAUUCAUUAUGCCUAACCAUGUGGCAGAUCCCACAGGAGUUUGUGAAGCUUCAAGUCAGCCAAGAAGAGUUCCUCUGUAUGAAAGUAUUGCUACUUCUUAAUACAAUUCCUUUAGAAGGACUAAGAAGUCAAAACCAGUUUGAAGAAAUGAGAUCAAGUUACAUUAGAGAGCUCAUCAAGGCAAUUGGUUUGAGACAAAAAGGAGUUGUCCCUAGCUCACAGCGUUUCUAUCAGCUUACAAAACUUCUUGAUAACUUGCAUGAUCUUGUCAAACAACUUCAUCUGUACUGCUUGAAUACAUUUAUCCAGUCCCGGGCACUGAGUGUUGAAUUUCCAGAAAUGAUGUCUGAGGUUAUCGCUGCACAAUUACCCAAGAUCUUGGCAGGGAUGGUGAAACCUCUUCUGUUUCAUAAAAAGUGA